GAGAAGAAUAAUAUUGGCUAAAGACACCUUGUUGCCGCCUUUCUCUCAUCACCAUUAGCCUAAGACUUGUCUCUUCCUCCAAUAUUUCAAUGUUUCUCUGAACAUUUUCCCUUUUUUUUUUUCUUGGGGAAACAUUUCUGAAUAUCUUCUGAUUUGUUUCUCCCUCCAAUGGCGCCUCGUCUUUUCGCAUGUUUUGGCGUCAGAGGAUCUUCAACUUCCACCACCACCACCGGGAAAGGCGUUUCCGGUCAUAACGCGGCUGUUGUAGCUGCGGAUGUUCCCGUAGGUGAUGGACCUGUUCUUGUUCAGCUUUUCUCUUCUCAAGGAUGCAAAACUUCCCCUGAGGCGGAGAUGCUCGUAUCGCGUCUUGGUCGUGGUGAUUUCGAUGGAAAGAUCCGAAGAGAUGGUGUAUCUAGUGGUUCUCCGGCGUUGGUUUUGGUUUUUCACGUUGAUUAUUGGGAUCAUGUUGGAUGGAAAGAUCCGCAUGGAUCGAGUCAGUGGACGGUGAGGCAAAAGGCUUAUAUCGAGGCGUUGAAUCAAGAUACGAUGUUUACUCCACAGUUUGUUGUUCAAGGUCGUGUUCAAUUUCUUGGGAACGAAGAAGAGACGUUGCUUAAGUCUAUUGUUGAAGCUCCUAGGUUUCCUUCUCCGGCGUUUCGGGCCACAUUCCAAAGACCAACCUCAGAAACCCUUCAAGUAACUCUCACAGGACCUUUGAGGAUGAAAGUGGACUCGCACGGGAUGGAUAUAAUGGUGGCGCUAUACGAGAAUGGUUUAGUAAACGAUUGUCCUCGAGGAGAGAACUCAGGAAGAGUCUUGUCCAAUGACUACGUUGUGAGAAAGCUAGAAAAGUUAUGCAACGUCAAAGAUUUGACGCCGAAGAAGAUUGUGUCAGGGACGGCUCAUUUCACGGUAUGGGAUGGAUUCAACAGCGCUAAAUGUGGAGUCGCUGUUUUUCUACAGAACACAUCUCUUCAAAUUUUCGGUACGCAGAGAUUUCAAUUGCCUGAUGAGAUUUGACAAAAGAAACAAAAAUUCUGAAAUUUAUUUGAGAAAAUGAAAUUUACUCUUUUUGUGUGUUCGUUCAUAUUUGGUUUAUUAUUGGAAAUUUGUCACUCUCGUUUGUAGGCAUUUUGCUUUGUUUAAAAUCAUUCAGUUUUCUUUC